CAUUCCCUAAGCGAUCGGGAUGGCUGAAUAAAAAUUCUCAGCCUAGAAAUUGGGAGCAUAAUAACAAUAAUUCUAACUUUCGGGUAAAUGAACAUGCGAAUUAUAAUAAGCCAGCGUUACCUCCACGGUAUCCGGCCAUAAAACACGAACCAAUGGAUAUUGAUAGGACAAUACAAUCUCGUCGGGUAAAUUACAUUAACCAUCCUAGGACAGCUGAAAAAAGAGGCGCAUAUGAAGAAAGAACAGGGCAUAAACAGGCAAAACUUUAUCACAUAGAAACUUUUUCUGACGAGGACCUCAUGGCUGAAAAUGGGCUGGAGAGAGACUCUUGUCAGGAAGAAACUGUAGGUGUUCAUAAAAGAUGCUAUAUUUUUGCGCAACAGUGUUGUUUGUUACAUUACCGGUGGCUGCAUAAAUAACAUCAUAAAAAAAAUGAUGUACAUAUACACACACACAUGCCCAUAUAUGCAGCCACCGGUAAAUUCCAAUGCUGAAUUCAAAUAAAUAAGCAUCGUCACCAGCCAAAACAGGUUUGCUGUGACGAUGCAAAUUGGAGUUAGAACAGUUCUGUCUCGAAUUUGAAAGCGCGUACGUAAGUUUCCCCCCCGAAGUGAACAGUGCCCAAAAACAAAAAAAAAAACCAAAGUGUUAACAAAAAAAAAAAAACAUAAUACAAAAAACAUAAAACAUUGUACAAAAAAUUGAAAAUAAAACAUUGUACAAAAAAAAAAUUGAACAAAUUGAACAAAAAACUACAAAUAAACAAAAAAAUUGUAAACAAAACAUUGUACAAAAAAAAGGAAAUUAAUUGAACAAAAAAACCUAAAUCUAAACAAAAAGUGUAAACGAAACAAAUUGAAUUUAAAGAAUUGAAAUAAAAUAAUAAAAGAAAAAAAAAAGCAAAAAUAAACAUCAUCUUUUAAUUAAAUAACAAAUAAAAAAGGUGAAGUAAGAAACAUUUGGUCCUCCAGAGCCGGAGAAUAAAGUGAAGUUUUUAAAAUAUUAAAAACAAAAAACAAAGUAUUAAGUGGACAGACACAGUGAAUUGAAACAAAAACAAAAGUGCAUAAUAAAAUAUAAAUAAAUAAAUUAACAAAAAGUGACGUUUAAAAAAGUGCAACCAAAAGAAAAAGUGAAAAAAAAAUAGAAAGUACACUGUGCUACAAAAAAGUGACAUUAAACAAACAAAUAUAUAUUUUUACAAAUUUACUACAAAAAAGAGACAACACACAGUGCUACAAAACAAACAGAAAAUACACAGUGCUACAAAAGUGACAUUAAAAAGUGAUACAAAGUGACAUUACACGGUGCUACAGAACUAAAAGAAAUUACACAGUGCUACAAAAAUAAACAAAAUUUAAUUAAAUUUUUUAUUUUUUCGUUAAUAUAAAAAAAAAAGGUCUACACAAAAGACAAAAUACAAAAAUAAAAGGUGUGAAAAAAGUGACAGUACACAAUAUCACAAAAAAACCAAACAAAAUAAAGAAGUACGCAAAAUUGUGGAAGCUGCCAGAAGACCACGAAGGACUCCGGCAACACAACAACAAUACAACAACAACAACAAUAGCAACACUACAACAACAAAUUUUUGAGACCCAAAGGCUAAAUCAAAAUAUGGCUGCCUACUUGCCCAAUCAAGACUGCCGUUUAGAUGAUCGCAGCCGCAGUCCCAACCAAUCCGCACGUCCAACAGCGAGAAGUUCUAGCAGACCCAGACGCCCAACCGAACCCAUUCCCAGCAGACCGGCUCAUAGACACCGCAGACUUCCCAGUUCCACAUCGCCAGAAAGACGACAACGAAGCCGCUCCGCUGCAAGAUCCCGCCAACGCCAAGAACGACCCAGCUAUUGGCAGUAUUCCUGUGGGUUGUGUCAGGAGGACCAUGCCCUCAGUGCUUGCGAGAGGUUUCGCCACCAGACCCCCUUCCAGCGCUAUGAGACUGUGGAGCGUAGGGGGUACUGCAGAAAUUGCCUUGCCAGAAGUCAUUUGGCCCCUGACUGUCCGUCGUUGACUGGUUGCAGGAGGUGCAACAAUCGGCAUCAUACGCUGCUACACGGGGCGUCUCAGCUGGAGGAAGUAUCUCUAAACGUGGAAGUUGUAAGAACGCCAAACUUUGCGUGGGAUUUGGUAUUUGUGCCAACGGCUAUGGUGCGCAUCAAAGCUGACAAAAUAGAGGGGUACACCAUGAUAAGGGCAUUAAUCAGCCAAUCAGCGACGAUGUCCAAAAUAUCGUAUGCGGCUUUCCGUAGAUUGGGCCUACAAUCGCGGAUUUACAAAGGGCAGCGAUUUACCACCUUUACGGUUUCGCCCCGCCGCACAAACAGCCACUGGAGUCUUAGAGUUAAUGCCUUGAUAAUCGAAGAUUUGCACAGGCGCAUUUACUCGGACCCAAUCCUCGAGGACCCUACAAGAAGUUUCAGAAAUUGCGCCCUAGCCGACCCUGAUCCCCGAGGCAACAAUCCCGUCGAUGUGGAACUGGGUGCUGACGUUUACUCAGCCAUAAGAAAAGACGAGUGCAAGGAGGCUGGAAUUGGAGAUGUCCUGGCCUAUGAUACCCAACUGGGUUACGUGUUUGCCGGUCCAAUAAAAAAUAUGCCAAAAAUAUAAAGAACAACAUUGUAUUUCAAAAAUGAAUGUAAACACUUGUCAUUCGGGGGCCAGAAAUGUUCAUAAAAGAUGCUAUAUUUUUGCGCAACAGUGUUGUUUGUUACAUUACCGGUGGCUGCAUAAAUAACAUCAUAAAAAAAUGAUGUACAUAUACACACUCACAUGCACAUAUAUGCAGCCACCGGUAAAUUCCAAUGCUGAAUUCAAAUAAAUAAGCAUCGUCACCAGCCAAAACAGGUUUGCUGUGACGAUGCAAAUUGGAGUUAGAACAGUUCUGUCUCGAAUUUAAAAGCGCGUACGCAAGUUUCCCCCCCGAAGUGAACAGUGCCCAAAAACAAAAAAAAACCAAAGUGUUAACAAAAAAAAAACAUAAUACAAAAAACAUAAAACAUUGUACAAAAAAUUGAAAAUAAAACAUUGUACAAAAAAAAAUUGAACAAAUUGAACAAAAAACUACAAAUAAACAAAAAAAUUGUAAACAAAACAUUGUACAAAAAAAAGGAAAUUAAUUGAACAAAAAAACCUAAAUCUAAACAAAAAGUGUAAACGAAACAAAUUGAAUUUAAAGAAUUGAAAUAAAAUAAUAAAAGAAAAAAGAAAAAGCAAAAAUAAACAUCAUCUUUUAAUUAAAUAACAAAUAAAAAAGGUGAAGUAAGAAACAGUAGGCGAAGUAAAUUUUAGGGGGGAAGGCCAUCAAGCUUACCCUAUAUAGAAUACCCUUCUGUUAAUGGCGGUACUUUAUGUUUUUUGAUCGACACGGGUUCUAACAAGAACUUUUGCAACCCACACUUAUCACAUGGUAGCAUACUAUUAGAAAAACCAAUAAAAGUUCGAUCAGUGGGAGGAGAUAUUAACAUAGAUAGGAAAGUAAUUGGACCAUUUUUUAAAUUUUUAGGGAUAAGUGAGCCCGUUGAUUUUAUGUUUUGCCAACGCUUAAAACCUUUGAUGGUAUAAUAGGAGACGACACCCUUAAAGAGUUAGGUGCUUUAGUUGAUAGAAAGGAGAAUGUUUUAGUUUUGAAAAAUUGUUUUAAAAUUCCAUUAAAAGAAAAAGUAACAAAUGAAUCAAAUUAUGUAUUAGGCGAAGAGUAUGCACCAGAGGUCAGGAAAAGAAUAGAAAGCCUCAUUGAUAAAUACAAACCACUUUUUGGACCACUUGAUGGUAGCGAACUUGCCUCGACAAACGUUCAAGCAGAAAUAAGGACAACUACGGAGGAACCAAUAUAUACUAAAAGUUAUCCUUACCCAGUCUGUAUGAGGGAAGAGGUAGAACGACAGAUACAGGAAUUACUUUCGGAAGGAGUUAUAA